UUGACCACCGAUUAGUACACAAAUCACAAAAAGAAGUCAGCAGCCAAGGAUAAUUCUUAGAAAUGGAGUCGCCACCGAUGUUCAAUAGUGUGGAAGAUGAGUGCAGAUAUUGGAAGGAACGAUCCAAGCAGUACCACAAAGAAUGGACAGACGUGAAACAGGAGUACGACGAGUUCGUGGAGCAUUCCCGCGAAAUGGAAAUAGAAAUGGACGCCACUCUGGACCAGAAGCAGAGUAUAAUCAAAGAUCUCACAGCCAAACUAACAAUGUUUGAGCGGGAAAACGAGUCUCUCAAGGUCAAGUUGGACUCGCAUGGCAUCGAAAUGUCAAACAUGGAGAAGCAGCUGGAAACGAUGAAGAAGGAUCGCGACACCAUGAAGGUGCACCUGCGGCAGCUGGAGCAGAAAAAUGACGAUUUGGAGCGUGCCCAUCGCAUACUCAACGAAAGCAUAGAGAAUUUCGAGAAAAUGCUGGAUCAGGCCUACGAGAAGAACGCCCUGCUAGAGCUGGAAGUGGAUGAAAAGGGAUUGCUGCAGGAAAAACUGCAGCGGUUGAUGGAUGAGACGAGAGAUCUCAAACAAGAGCUGAACGUCAAGUCACGCUUUACCCCAGUGGUCAAUGGAACGAGCAUUCCCACGGCAAACGACACAAAUACGGUCAACAGCUCGAUGAACUCGUCCGCCUCGCUGCCAAAUGGUAUUGUGGCCAAUGGCGAUCUGGUAAACCACGACAAUACUGUCGCCACAAGAGCCACCAGCGUCAGCGUAAACGCCCUCAAUGGCAGCUUAGUUAAUAGAAACGAAUAUAACCAGCAGCAUUCGCUUAAAAAUCCCGAGAACCAAAUCAAUGGCAAUUCCAUGAACCCCAGCUCCCGCACAACGGCGCUCAACAUUGUGGCCGACAUGUUAAGAAAACUAAACGCCAUGGAGACGAAACUGAAGACGUACCGCGAGAAUGGCCAGCCCAUGCCGCAGCGACACCGCUCCUCCCAGCAGUCUACACAUCCGGCGCUGGCCGGACUGCCUUGUCUCUCGCUGGAUGCCGAGUAGUGUGGAUUACGGCCUCGGCGUGAUCCUUAAACCCAAACCCAAACCCAAUCAACCAGGGCGGGAUACUGUUCAGUUGGCUUUACGUUUACGUUACGUUACUUUAAUGUUACUGUUAGCAUUAAUUUAGCUUCUGCUGCCUCUUUAUUUAUUUGACCUAACUUGACUUUGUAUAAACCACUUGCGAUAUUGAUAUUAUAAAUUACACAACAGUUAAUGUUGUUGUUUCGAGCCCAACAUAUAACAUGCCUUAGUACGAAUUAAGUGUAUACCUCUAAGCUAAGUACCCACUCGGUUCACUUUUAACUUAAAUUGUUAACUGCAACACAAUUGUUUUGGCAUACAAUGUGUUUAGCGACUAAGUUUAAAGUUGAUUACCCAGCAAAACAAGCGAAGAAGCUCUGUCCAAGUAUUAUACUUCAAGCGGACAACCAAUACUCGUAGCGUUUAGGAAAAAGACAAGAUCUAACCCGGAAAAAAAGAAAUAUCAAAACGAUCAUCUAGUUAUAUUCUAACUAUUUCCCCAGAGCUAUUUUCUGUUUAUAUUUACGACCGAAUAUAAAUUUGUAAAAAUGCAAAAUAUUGCUAACGGCAAACUGUAUAAAGCAUAACAAAAAUCCAACGAACAGGCAAACAAAGUAUAUAUAUAUAUGUAUGGAAUAAUAAAGAGCAAAA